AUGAGCAUUACAUAAUUUAGUAUAGAACCUCCUUUACACACUCCUCUAUUUUAUAAUAUCGAUAUAAUUGACAGAUUUUAGGACUUACCACAGUUUGAACCUAUUCACCUUUUCUCUCAACAAAAUCAAUUUUGCAAAUUCUAAAAAGAAAGAAAAAUACCCCCAACCAUCAACCUUGAUAACAAUUCAUUAAUGUUUUAUCAAAUUCAAGUCUAAAAGACAAGAGUAAAAAAGCCAAGAUAAUAGAGAAGUUGCAAAUAUCGAAGAUUGCCUGACUUUGAUUGCAAUUCUUGUCUCAAAAUAAUUUAACCUUCUUCGAUGAGCGUGAAAAACACUCCAAGGAUAUAAACAAAGCCAUAGAGAUUACCAUCUAAAUGUGUAUGCCACAUCUCAAUGUGUAAUGAAUCUUAAACUAAAGAGCAGAAAAAAAUUAGCAUUAGAUUGCCUAUUAUAGAAAGAAGUAAAGAUAAUAGUCCAACUAUAAACUGUUGGACUAGAAAUACAUCAACCAGUUUUUUUUAAGGUAGCUACUGA